AUGUGUUCUCAAAGCACAUAUGACAACAUCACUGAUUUCAAAUGGUACCUCUCAGUCCUCAUUGACCUCACAUAUGUAUUGAACAUUGACAUGGUGAAGGUAUUGUCAGAUGAUACAUUCUUGCUGCAUGCAUAUGAGCAGGUUAUUUGUUCUGAGGUGCUAUGUGCAGCCACUUGGAUAUAUGAAGGGCACUGCAGUGGAUGGGAGAGCUUCCUCGAAGACCUCAAGAGAGUCAUCAAUGUCAUGAUUGAACAGAUAGAACAAUCUGGAUCAAGCACCAAGAUCGAGGUCCAAGAUUGUGAGAGGGUGAUGAUGGAGCUGGAUUUGUACAAGGUCAAGACAACGACCACAAUGACUAGAGGACACAUGGCGGGAUGUCAGUCUAAACACAGUGAGAAUGACAUCUAA